AUGAGGCGUCACGAACAAUUCAGCGAUGCACAGAAGGUGUACCAGAUGUGUACGCCCCACCCGAAGCCGCUGCUUCAGGGUAGGCGCAGCCUCGUGAGGCACGGCACUCUUGACUACUUCUCGCCCAACACCAUCUCGAGGAAGCCGCGCUACUUCUUCCUCUUCUCGGACUGCCUCCUCCUCACCAAGCGCACGGGCACCCAGAAGUUCUGGCUCAAGGUCUACAUUCACCUGGGUCCCAACAUUCACAUCAUCCCCAUGUGGGACAGUCCCGACUUCGAGUUCCGUCUUCUGAUCGACGAGAAGGGCACGCUGGCCAAGAGGAAGCAGAGGAGGUUGAUCCUCUACGGACAGAACAAGUCGCACAAGGAGGCCUGGCUCAGCGAUCUCCUCCACUGCCUCUGGGACUCCACGGGCCGCAAGGGUCCCGACCCAUCCAUCAGGGACGAGAAGAAGGAGGUCAAGUCGCCUCGCGGCAAGAAGGAGGACAACAGCGACAAGUGGUCGUGCUCGAACUGCACCUACCUCAACAAGCCCGGUUCCUCGCACUGCGACAUGUGCGGUGGCGCCAAGUUCGGUGGCGACGUCGAGGAGUACGACUCAUCCGACGACGAGGAGAAGAAGAGGCGCAGGAAGGACAAGCAGAACAAGCAGGGUGGUGGUCAGGGCGACAACUUUGCCGACACCAGCAACCCGCUUCUGCUCUUCGACCCGUUCUCGGACAACAAGGGUCCCGAGGCCAGCUUCGACCCGUCGCAGCACCGCGGCGUCGACCAGUUCGGCCAGGCCGUGCCCAAGGGCGUCAUGCUCGAGGGUGACAACCCCUACGGCAGCAGCAACCCCUACGGCGCUGGUGCCGGCUACCCCUCGGGCGGCGCUCCCUACGGCUCCGGCGCCGGUGGGGCCUUCGACCCGUCCCAGGGUGCCUACGGCAGCGGUGCUUCGCCCUACGGCCUGGGAAUCGAGACCGCCGGCCUCGCCGGUGGCGCCUACGCUGGCGGCGUGUCCCCCUACGCCUACGGUGGCGUUGCCGCGGGUUCCCCCUACGGCACCGACCCCAGCGGCCUCUACGAUGCGGCCCGUAACGCUUCGGCCGCCCUCGGCGGCAUGUUCGCCACUGCCCCCGGCAGCGGUGGUGCCGCUGGUGCCGGCCUGGCCGGCGCUGGGCUCGGUGGUGCCGGCGGCUUCGGCGCCGGCGUGGCCACCACCAGCCCGCCGCUCUCGGGCGGUUCGGCCGGCUCGUCGCCCGCCACCAGCCAGCGCGAGGACAACCUCGACGACCUGGCCCAGAAGGAGCUGCUCGAGGCCACCCGCGUGAUCGAGCAGCUGGCCGCCCAGCUGGCCUCGCGCCCCAGGAAGGCCCCGCCGAGGACCGCCGAGACCGAGCACCUCGAGAUCACCACCGAGGAGAUCUCCGACGCCAUCAUGGACGGCGCUCAGGCCAUCGCCCGGGCCGCCAGCGCGCUCAUGCGUGCCGCCGCGCUCGCCCAGGAGGAGCGCGUCAAGCUCAACACCCACCGGUCGGCCUCCGACGGCUCGCCCUACCACGCCGACCCCGUCUGGGCCAACGGCCUCAUCUCUGCCGCCCGCAACGUCGUCGCCACCACCCAGUACCUUGUCAGCACCUCGAACGCCGCCGCCAACGGCCAGGCCGGCGAGGAGACCCUCGUCGCCAGCGCGCGCGCCGUCGGUGCCGCCACCGCUCACCUCGUCGCCGCCCAGAAGGCCAAGGGUGACGUCAACAGCCAGGCCUCGAGGGAGCUCGACGACGCCGCCCGAGGCAUCGCCCGCGCCACCGCCUCGCUCGUUGAGGCCGCCAAGCUCGCAUCGACGCCCGCGCCCGCCCCGGCGCCGACGUCGGCCGUGCCCGACAAGUACACGAUGACCGACAAGCAGAUCCGAGAGAUCGAGGCCCAGACCAAGCUCCUCCAGCUCGAGAAGGAGACCCAGAGGGCCAGGGAGGAGCUCCUCAAGAUGAGGAAGCAGGAGUACUCGGGCUAA